GCAGUCUACGUUCAUUUAAUCACAGGUCAAAGCUUUCGAUGUUCUAGGCGACGGGCGAAGGUUCAGAAAUUUGUUGAUUUUUUCCAAGAUCGAAAAUGGCCGGAAAAGUAGCAGACUUAGUGAAAACAUUAAUUACGAGCUCAAAGCCCACAAUUAAGGUGAUUCGGCAGUAUGCAGCGGUUGAAUUGAUCCCACCAUCUCCUAAGGAUAUUCCUGCAAUUCGAGCAGGCAUUAAUAAGUUAAUCCAUUCGGCCAAGACUGGCGCAUACCGUAAUCUAACGGUACGUGAAGCUUUACUAAAUUCCCUAGUCGCUAUUGAAGUUUAUUGCUGGUUCUUCAUUGGAGAGUGUAUUGGGAAGCGACAUCUCAUCGGUUACAAAGUUUAAAGACUUUUGGCUCAUCGUUCUGGUCUUUAGGAAAGUGUAUUUGUAGGUGUCCAUGAAACCUCACAUAAAAUACAAAUAAAAAUGUACUAGGUAUCAGCGAUGUUCUGUAAUUUCUAUGUUGCUAUGUAACUGUAAAUUACAAAUUUUAUUAUGUGAAUAUUUGGCUUUAGCAAUAAAAGGCCAUUAAACACUAA